AUGUCAGAUGCCUCAUUGAAAGAUAUUAUUAGUCAAGAGAAAAGAGAAGAGGAAUAUCAACAGGAGAGCAGUAUUCCAGGAAAUACUGAAGUCAUCCCUGAUAAUGACACUGCACUAUUUAACGAGGAAACUGACCUUCAAAGAUCACCGCUUGUGAAAACAACAUCUUCAAUUGGACACAUAGAAAAGGAGCUUGUAACAUCUAAUUCAGAAGAAAGUGGUGAAAAACGUAAACCAAGAUCAUCAGGGCAGUGGGAAAAAGAAGGUAGACAAGUUUUUUUGCCUGAUGCUGAAGAAAAAUUCAAGUUAAUUAAUAAAGAAACCAGUUCAGAUGCAGAUGAAAAGUCAGCUUUGUGGAAGGAGGCUGCCAAGGAGGAUAAGAGUUCUUCAGAGUCUGAUACUGAUUUAAAAUACGACAGUAUUCAGAAGAAAAUUGUAUACAAGGCAAAGCAUCAUGAGCUUAAAGAUCAUAAAGGGAAACGAAAAAGAGAAGAUUCCACUUAUAAUUCAGAUAAUGAUAACAAAAAAGGUGAAGUGUCUGAAAAUCCCAAGAAACAGCAGGAAGAAAAUGAUAUUUUAUCUUCAUCUGACAUGUGGGAUAGUGGAGAUGAAACGAACACUACAUCUGUUCCUGUUUUAAUGGAAGAAGAUGAUGAUGAUCCUGAGAAUUGGAUUACCAAGAAGACUCUCUUAGAAGAAAUAAAAGCCAAUUUUUCCUCAGAUGAAAGUGAAGAAUCAGAUGAUACUAAAAACAUUACUGAAAAGAAAGAUGAAACAAAUACAAGAAGUGAGGGGAUUUGUGAAAAAAGCAAUUUGAAAUCUGAUUCAGACUCUGAGGAAAUUAAGAAGCUGAAAUACAGAUCCCCACUGGUUACAUACAAUCUAAAUAUAAGUGGUGGAGAAUCUGCAGAAGAAACAAAAGAAAGCAAACACAGAAAGAAGAGGAAAGUGAGCAUGGAUGAUUCGGGACUGAAAGUUACUGAAAACAUUACUGAACAUGAAGAUGGUGAACAGUCAAAGACAAG